AAUCACUGAUCCCAAAGUAGGCGGGACCUAAAAAGACAACAGCGGAGGAUUCAAACCAAGCAUGGCUGCGGAUAAAGAGAAAGGGAAUAAUACAAAAAUUUGCAGAGGUACACCGUGCACCAUGGGGAUCCAGCCAGAGGAGAAUUCGAGCAGCACCCGUGCCGGCCGUGCCACCACCAUCAUCUUCAACCCCGACUUCUUUGUGGAGAAGCUCCGUCACGAGCAGCCAGAGGUGUUCACAGAGCUGGUGCUGAGCAACCUGACGCGACUCAUCGACCUGCCGGGGAGCGAGUUCUCCGAGCUGCUGGGAGAGGAGGCGCCCCCCAAGACCCCCACGGGCAGCAGCGGAGGGGGCUUCUUCCGCUCCUUCAACUUCCUGAAGCGCAAAGAUAAGGAUGUUGUGUUUGGGACCCCUCUGUCAGAAGGAAGCAUCGCACAAAUCUACCAGCUCAUCGAGUACCUCAGCAAGAAUCUGCAGGUGGAGGGUCUGUUCCGGGUGCCGGGCAACAGCGUGCGGCAGCAGACGCUGAGGGACCUGCUGAACAGCGGGACGGAUGUGGACCUGGGCUCCGGGGGCUUCCACCCCAACGACGUGGCCACCCUGCUCAAGGCCUUCCUGGGGGAGCUCCCCGAACCCCUCCUCACACACCGGCAGUUCCACGCACACCUGAAGAUAGCAGAUAUGACCCGCUUCGAUGAGCGGGGCAACAAGACGUCGGUGCCGGACAAAGAGCGGCAGAUCGAGGCGCUGCAGCUGCUCCUCAUGUUGCUCCCUGCCGCCAACCGCUCGCUGCUCAAGCUGCUCCUGGAGCUGCUCUACCACACCGCCAAGCGGCAGGACACCAACAAGAUGUCCGCCUACAACCUGGCCCUCAUGUUCGCCCCGCACGUCCUCUGGCCGCGAUACAUGACUGCAGUGGACCUGAAGGACAACCUGAAGAAGCUCAACAACAGCAUGGCCUUCCUCAUCAGACACUCACAGAAGCUGUUCAGGGCCCCUGCCUACAUGAGGGAGCACGCCAGAGUGCACUGUGCCAGCUCCAGAGUUAUCCAGACCAAGGAUGAUUUGGAGCUGCUGCCUGCCAACGGUAGCCCGGUGCUGCGCUCACCGACGGGGUCCAAGAGGCCCGGCGGGCCCCUGGAGCCCAUCGCCGGGGGGCCCCAGCACCACACGGAGGAGGCCCUGAAGGAGCUGUUCAGACACGUCCACCACAACAUGCCCGACUCGGCCAAGAAGAAGAAGCUCAUUCAGCAGAUUGCCAGGCAAACAGAAUUCGGGACCCCCCCACCCAGCGAGUGCCAGCAGACCCCCCCCGGACGCACCAAGAAACACCCGCGCUCACGCUCCUUCGGGGCGCUGAUGAAGCGUAAAGCUCGUGGAGAUCAGCUGACCACCGAGAGGAAGCUCAGGCACAUCUCCCCGGUAACCAUGUCGACGGGGAAACCCGGGAAGGAGAAUGUCGUCCUGCAGGCGGUGAACAGUCCCCUGAUGUCCGUGGAGUCGGGGAAGGCGUGCGGUGCGCCGAAGAGUUCAAGAGGCUCUGCUCUCUCUAAGGAGAGGCUACACCAGGACUCCAAGGGCUCUCCAUCGACCUCCAUGAUGUGUUUCUCGCCACCUCAGGAGAUUUCUUCUUUGUGAGUGGUUGAUCCAGACCGCAUGAUCCAUGGCUAUUUCUCCUCUUCAAUCUCAUGACUGCAUAGAACUGUGAACGACAGAACUGUGACCAAUAACAGAACCAGUUCCUUUUAAAAAACAGCCUUUUUAAAAAUCGGUUAUAUUUUAUUCUUUCUGAACAACUGUUUCUGAAUGCAUGACUACUAUAUAGCUGAGCCUGACAUGCUGUAUGAUUGUGUGAGUGUGUAUAUAUUUGUGUACAUGUGUGUCUGCUUGUGUUUAUAAGCAAAUUUCUAUGACUGAAUCCUUUUUUGUGGUACAAAAUGGCCUCUGGUGCUCCUUGAAAGAUUUCCACCAGCUUCCUCUUAUAUGUUAUUGCGUAGCAUCUGGUCAGAAUUCACCUGCCGUUUUUCUAAAAUAUAUUUUUUUAAUGGGUUAUACCACCGUUUUUAAACUCCUGCCCUAUGAUGCAACAUGCGCUGUCUACGGGGCAAGACACUGGGUUACAGAGCGGCUGGAAGUGCCGUUGGGGAGUAAAUGGCCAGAUCUGCAGAGUUUACAAGUAACUAUAAUGUGACUAUGGUUGUUGGUUAAAUGGAUACCAUGAGAGAGAUUGGGAUUUGACGUCCAGUUACUGAUACUAUCGGAUAUGACUCUCAAAGGAAAUGCAGAGAGGGCUGCACUGUUUUGAUAGUCAAGUUCUCAAUGUUUUUUAAAAUUUGUUUUUCUAUCUUUCAUUUGGGCCAGUUGCAGGAAUCCUGGACUAGUGCAUUUUCAACAGAGUUGUUGAGGGUUUAUCGUACAUUAGGGGAGGGUUUGUGUCAUGGUUUCAGAGGGCUUAUGGUAUGUUGGAGGAGGGUUUUGAUCAUGGUUUCAGAGGGCUUAUCGUAUGUUGGAGGAUGGUUUGGGUCGUGGUCUCAGAGGGCUUAUUGUACGUUGGAGGGAGGGUUCAUGGUUUCAGGGUGCUUAUUGUACGUUGAAGGAUUGUUUUGGUGAUGGUUUCAGAGGGCUUAUGGUAUGUUGGGGCGGGAUGGUUCAUGGUCAGGAAGGUGACUGGUUAAGGUGAUGAUGAGGAUGGUUAUGAUGGUGAAAUGAUGACCUGUUCGUGGCAGUAAAUGGUAGUGCUUAUUUGUACUGCACUGGGAUUCCUAGUACACUCGAAAUCUUUUUUUUUAUUGAUAUUUAUUGAUAUUGUUGUGACAGUCUUGACAUACUUACGGUUCAAACAUAGCCACAUAGUUUGUGAUUUCUGUGUUGAUCCAUUUGUAUUUAUGCCCACCCUAUGUUUGGUGUGUUUUUUAAUGGUGACUUAUUUUAAAGUGUGUUAAAUUUUGUAAUAAUACUAAUAAUACUUUUUUUUGUUCCCGUUGUAAAGCCUUUGCAUCCAAAUGCUUGACUUUGGUUAACAUUCUUUAGUUGCUGAUCGAUGGAUCUUCCAUUAUGCAGAGUUACUCAGACCUCUAAGAGAUCUGUCUAGAUUCUGUUUGGACAGAGGAACCAGAGAAACCGCUUCCACUGCUUUGAGAAAGCAGGGGAAAUUUCAUUUUUUGUCCAAUAUAUGUAUUUUUUUGUCAAUCCUUUGCCUAGUGAUUUCUAUCUAGCGAUUUUGGUUCAAAAACAAUUUCAACCAAAUAUCAUUUUAUUUGUAGUGUUUUCUUCGUUUUUGGAAGAUUAUCCUCAAUAUAACGCAUCUGUCUAAUCAGCAUGAGCAACGUCUGGGCCAAUUAACCUACUCCUCUUUUACUGUGAUUCUAUUAAUGGUCCGACUGUGGUAAUUUUCCAUUUUUUUAUAUACAUGUAAAAUAAAUGUGACCUGUAUAGAGUCUUCAAAGGUAUGUUUUAUUUGGAUUAAAACAUAUUUUUCCUACAA